AUGCCGACGCUGGAAGUGGCAGCACUCUUGGGCCAGCGCCUGGCUGACGGGCUCCGUGUCACCGCCGCGGCGGUUGUGAUGGGCCGCAUUGUUGUUGUGGGCACCGACGUCGGCUGCGUCCUCGCUUUUGCGCGGCCGAGCGGCGAUGCGGCGGGGGAUGCCGCCGGCGUCUGCGUGUAUGCGCGGGCGCUGCAUCAUGGACCGGUGCACUGCCUGUGUGCCUCGACCUCCCACCUUCUUGCCUCCGCCGGCCACGAUGCGGCGCCUGUUGUGCAGCCCGCUUUAAACCUCCUGACGAACAGCGAGGAGCGGAUGGGGCGCCUCGCAGGCCACACGCUGCCGGUGACGGCCAUGACGUUUUUCUCCACAGGCAGCUGGCUAGCGACCUGCGGCGUGGGCGGCCGUUUCAUUGUCUUUGACACUACGACCCGUUCCUCCCUCUGCGAUGUGCGGGUUGGGUUCUCGCUGCGCUGCCUGGCGCUCUCGCCGGACGAGACAACCUGCUUUCUCGGCGGCACGCGGCUUGCCCGCGUGGACCUGUACGACAACGACCGCCUCGUCGAUCCACUGGCCCGCCGGGAACCUCCGCUGUGGCUCCAGACGUACUCGUGGUCGCGCCGCGGCGAGGAGUUUGCGGCGGAGGCGCCCGAGGACCUUUUCAUUGCCCGGCUCACGGUGACAACGGACCGCCUCACUGCGGUUUUUUGGCCGCGUGGCGAGGGAGAAGGCGGCGGCGCGAUCGCCACGUGGGGCCUCGGUGCGGCGGACUUUUGGCUCUCCCGAGACUUUUGCCGCGUGGAGGGGAAACCACUGGCGGCGGCGGAGGCGCCCGUGCGGUGUGCGGCAUUCCGCGAGAUACGCUUGGAGGCGGCGGGGCCGGCGGCGUCGCCGGUGCCGCGGGCACACGACGGCUGGGACACGUGGCGGCGGGCUCGUGUGCGGGUGGAGCCUGCACCGCCUCUCCUUGCCGUGAGCGGCGACGCGGGCCCGGCGGGGCGCCUGCCGCCCGCGUUAGCCGACACGCCGGCGGCUCAGCUGGCCCACGAGGAGGAGCGUGGACGCAGACUGCAGGCGGAGUGCGACGAGCUUGUGCGCCACCUGAAGGCCAAGAUGAAUCGGGACGGAAGGAAGAAGAGGGGCCGCUCCUCCGCUGCGGCGUGA